CGGCCAAGCAGCGGGCAGCCGGUGCGACGACGACUCGGCGGCAGCUAUGAGGUACAGACGGCGCAGCAGCGUCGGCUAGCGGAGGGCCAUGGGUUCGCUGCCCAACCUGCACGCCAUCGGCUCGGAGCGGCAGGCGGCCAGCCGCCUACAGCCCUGGGAUGACUGCAUGCUCGAGCUGUCGGGGUGCCCGUCGCCGCGAGCCUGCCGCCUGCACCGCGCCUCGCUCAGCAGCUCGGGCGCCUCCUCCGUGCGCCGCCUCAUAGCCAGCGUCCGGUCGGCGCCGCCCGCUCUCGGCCCCGGCUACCCCAGGCGCCGCCUGCUGCGCAACCACGCCGCACUCUGCCUCGGGCAGGUGUCGUGGUCCGGCGGGCCGGCGCCGCUGCUGGCGCUGUCGGCGUGGUGGCCGGGGGCGGCGCCGGGGCGUGCCCCGCUGCUGGGGGCGGCGCUGUUCGCGGCGGCGGCGCUCUCGUGCGUCGCGGCGCCGCCGCUGGUGCGCCGGCUGGGGGCGGCGCGGCUGCUGCUGGCCGGGCACGCGCUCGCCGCCUGCUUCCUCGCCGCCCACCUGCUGCCGGUGCCCGCCGCCCUCGUGCCCGCCUACCUGCUGCAGGGCGCCGCCCUCGGCCCGGUGAACCUGGCUCGUGUGGCGCAACUGUGGGCGCUGUCGACGCGCCUGCCGGGCUGUGACGUCACCGCCAUCGGCGCAGGCGGCGGCUUCGGGGACGCGGGCCUCACGCUGGGCAGCGCGCUCGCCGCCGCGCUGCUCGCCUGGGCCGCCUCCACCGGUGAGUACCGCCCUCCCCCACCCCCACUCCUUCCUGUCCCCACCCCUGAUGAAGUGUCACCGACGCCGGGCGCGGUCUGCGGCGCGUCUGCCUGCCCGCCGGCCUCGGACGCCGACGCCGAUGCCGACGCCGACGCCGCUGCGGGCGACGUUUCGGAGACGCCGGCGCCGGCGUCGUCAGGCGCCGAAGAACUGGGCUGCCGCGCGGGUCCGCUGCUGGCGGCCGUGCUGCUGGGCUUGGCCGUGGCCGGCGCCGCGCUCUCCGCCGCCUGCCUGGACCGCCUGCCCGCGCCGCCGCCGCCGCCCAGCCGCCCCCGGCCGCCCCCCGCGCCCGCCCGCGCCGCCCCCGCCGCCGCCGACGGCCGCCUGCCCGCCCGCGUGGCGCGCGCCUUCGCCGCUCCUCCACUCGCCCUCUUCGUCGGGCUGGGGCAGGCCUUCAUGAUGGCCGACUUCUCCAGGUGGUACGUGGCGUGCGUGCUGAGCCUACCCAGCGUGUCGCUGUGCUUCGUGGCGCUGGGCGCGCUGCGCUGCGUCGCCAGCCUCACGCUCAACCUGGUGCUGCCUCACAUCUGCCGCCUUCUCGCCGUCGGUGUGGGGGCUGCUUUCCACUCGUGCCUGCUGCUAGUGUUGGUUCUGUGGCAGCCCUCCAGUGAUGACUCAGCCUUGUUCUUCGUCAUUGCUGCUGCCUGGGGAGUGUGCGAUUCUAUCUGGGAAACACUCGCUCUCACGUCGGGGCUGACAUCACAGGGAGACGCCUGGCCAGAGUGGCUGGCCCGCUGGGACAUGUUUCGCUGCCUUGGCCUCGCACUUGCUUUUGUGCUGCACCCUCUGUUGUGUGUCCAAAUGAAGCUCUACAUUCUGGCAGCUACCCUCGUGCUCGGGGUUCCUCCGUAUGCAUGGCUGGAGAUCCAGCAUGACGCCAAGACUACAGGACUGUGAGGACAUCCCUCCCGGGUUCAUUGUUUCUGACUGUGGGACAUCUACAAAAGUGGUUUCUCAAAACUAACAGAAACUUCUCACAUGUGUAUUUCCCAAAGACCUAUUUCACCAUUUUUGGUUAAAUUUUUCUGUAUUGCAAUACCACAAGUUUAUUAUAAAAAGGGUGAUUCCUGGAAAAAUAUUAAUUUAAUAUUUUUAAUCAAGUGAGAAAGAAAAAAAAUGUUGUGUUACAUAAUAAUGGUGGUAUUAUUUACAAGAAAUAUGAAUUGUGCAGAAAAAUGUUUUACUCACAUCUACUAUGUUAAGUAAUUGCUCAUACUGAAAUUUUCAGCACUGACAAGUUCCAUUGCCUUACCAAAUAAGGAUUUAAGUGUGUCAAAAAAUAUUUCUAUUUAAAGUUGUUACUGUAAAAUUUCUCUCAAUGUAUUAAUUUUUUAUAUAUAACAUUUGUUGUUCUGUUUUUUAAUUGUUUGUCUGAGGUUUGCAAGUUUAAAAUGGAAGCUUUAAAAUUGUGUACUGUAAUGCAAUCAGUUGACUCAAAGAACAACACAGUGACAAGUGUUGGCAAGCACAACCAGCAACAGCUGAGACUCUUCCUUAUUGCCAGUUGAAUAACUAUUCAGCAGGAAGAGUUCAAGUAAAAAGAACAAAGGUUGUAAAAAGGUAGUGUACACAUUUCUGUCUUCUCUCACUUUUCUUCCUUGUUUGUAUGAAGAUAUAUAUCAACUGUCCCUGUUGAUAUUUAUCAAAGCCUGUAAGCAGCUAAAAGUCAGAUUUUGUUGUAAGAUCUUUCUUCCUUGUUGUUCCAUUUCCUCUCUGUGCCUAAGUAGAAUAUCACACUAUUGAAACUAAAAACGAAUUAGCAAUACUUUUUCUGUGACACAUACGUCUUCUCGAGACCUAAAACUUGUGAGAGCUUAAGGUGUAUGGAGCACAAUGAAUGAAUUGUAUUUUAAAACUUGGUGAGGUAUCAUUUAUUUGCUUAACAACGCAUCACAAUUUCAACAGAAGAAGCUGGGUGAAAUUGAUGUCUGUAUUGCACUCAGCAAGCAACCACACAGUGUGGGGUCAUGUGUACUCAUGCUAGCACCGUCUUUUCUCUCCUCCUCUGUUCUAUUCUCUGUAUGACCUUGAGUUUUUUCUUUUUCUUUUUACAUUAAAUCUCUCUGUGACAGACAAUGCCUCUCUAGCUGAGUCUGCUAGUUGAAGUUAAUCUCUGUAAGGCUAUCACACUUACUCAAUGAAGUUGUGGCAAAAUGCAUGACGCUUUGUUGAAUCUUCUGCAUCUCAUCUAUUGUUCCAUCCCAGUAAGUGCCCCAGGCUGAUCAAUACACAAUAAUCAGCUGAACAAGUGUUUUGAAAGCCACUGCUUUCAUGCCAGGAAUCUACUUUUCCUGAAGUUAGUGUUAUGUUGUCAUACCUCUUUAGGUCACUUUUACUUAUGUUGCUGUUUCCACAAAAUUAUUGACAAUACUAUAAUUUAAAAGUAAUAGAUCCAUUUAAUUGUUUAUAUUCAACAUAUGGCAACAGUCUUGCUGCAGUGGAUACACUGGUUCCAUUGAGAUCACCGAAGUUAAGGGCUGUCGGGCGUGGUUGGCACUUGGAUGGGUGACCAUGUGAGCCGCCAUGCGCUGUUGUCAUUUUUCAGGGUGCACUCAGCCUCGUGAUGCCAAUUGAGGAGCUACUUGACCAAAUAGUAGCAGUUUCAGUCAAGAAUUCCACGGGGAGAGUGGUGUGCUGACCGCAUGCCCCUCCUAUCCGCAUCCUCCACCGAAGAUGAUAUGGCGGUCGGAUGGCCCUGGUAGGCCACUCGUGGCAUGAAGAUGGAGUGCUUUUUUUUUAUAUGCAACAUAUGAUGUUUAUUUGCAUUCAGGGUCGGCUGCUAGAGAACACUUCACAAUCUUCCUUAAAUUUGCCACAGUCUUCUGGCAUUGGAGCCUUCCUAUAGGCAACAGCAUCACUCGCAAAGAGCCUCAUGGAUCUUUCAGUGUUACCCACUAGAUCAUUUAUACAUAAAUUGUAAACUGUAAUGGCCCUGUAACACUCCAUUGAGACACAUCCAAAAUUACUUCUACAUCUGACGAUAUUGUCUCAUUGAGAAUAAUAUACUGAAUUCCAGCUUCUAUACAGUUGAAGCAGUCGCAAAUAUGGUCUGGUAUUCAAUAAGCUUAUUUUUCAUUAUUUAAAUGACAGUUUUGAACUGUAUUGAAUGCCUUCUGGAAGUCAGGAAAUACAGCACAUUAUAAGUCCCAAAAAGAAGUAAGGAAGCUACUGUAUAUUAUUAACUGAGGAUGAAAACUGUAGGAAUUAAUACUGUCAUAACAGGCACUUAUUGCACCUCCAAACUAAAGAAGGAUAUAAUACAUUUUUCAGAUGUUGCUCUCUGGGUACAGUUGUAUCUUAUGCUGCAAAACUGUUACAAUAAUGGAACUUUGAGAAUGAAACUCACACUUUUAAAUUACAUACCUUGUUAUUUACAUCACAAAAAAGGAGUCACAACCAUAAAGCAUGUACAAAAUUUAUGAAACAUUAGAAGUCUACUUCAGUUUUGACAUCACCAGUGGCUUUGCUGUGGACAAAACAUGCACACAAUCAAACAUGAUCAGGUACAUUCUAGCAGUGUUGGAAAUAAAAUAUCAAAUUGAAGAAGGCAAAAAGUCUUCUAUUAGCCAUGACAAUUUAAUGUUAAAGUUAGUAAAGAGCUUCU